AGCGGCUCUGCCUUUGUGCACGACGCGACUGAGUGUCCUUGGGAGUCCUCCAGCUGGCUACGACGUGGAAUCGAGCUCUGGGACCGGCUGCUCGGAUGUGGCACCGUGAGCAAUAAGCCGUCGCGGCAGCAAUGCCAUGAUCAGCACAUGGCUCCUCUGCUGCCUCCUGGCAACGCGCGCGAGCAGUGGACCGGGCAUCGCAUGGCGACUCGAGGUCGGCUGUGACAUCAAUGGCUUCUUCGUUGAGCUUUUAGGCCUGCUGCCCGCGCUCGAAACCAUUAUUCCCGGUGGCGUCGUCGUCCGCGGCCUGCGAUGCGACGAGCUAGAGCUCGCGAAGCUCUUCCCGGAGGAGGCCGCGGCCGUCGCGCGAGCGACGUUGCGAGACGACGACCCAUCAGUGCCGGAGAUCGUGCACGGGCGCUGCGGCGAAGGAGCGACGCACGAGCGGCUGCCGGCCUACGUCUACGGCCAGUUGCGGCCGCGCGCUGCGCGCCUUAUGGUGGAGCGCACGCGCGGUGCUGGCGAUGCGGAAGUUUACAGCUGCGCGGCGCGCGCCGCGGUGGUCAUCGCGCCGACGCAAUGGAAUGCCGAGCAAUUUGGCGACCGCGCCGUCGUCGCGCCCGAGGCCGUCGACCCAUCAUUGUUCUCGCCGGCCGCGGCCGCACGCGACGACGACGCGCGCUCGUCAAUCGAAGCGUUGCUCGGGCCGAAGCCGGCGUUUCGCGUGUUGUCUAUUUUCAAGUGGGAGCGCCGCAAGGCCCCGGACGUGCUGGUGGAUGGGUUCUUCCGCGCGUUUCGCGACGCCGACGCGGAGCUGGUAAUCCACGCUUAUCGCCCCUCCUGGGAGCGCGGCGACCAAGACCUCCGGCGCGUCGCGGAGAGAAUGCGGCCCGCCGGAAAUGAAGCGCGCCUGACGUGGCUGCGGGGCGUUCAGCUCUCUCGCCGCGAGCUCCGGGCGCUAUACGCUGCCGUGGACUGCUUCGCCCUGCCGACGCGUGGCGAGGGCUGGGGCCUGCCCGUCCACGAGGCUCUGGCGAUGCAACUGCCGACGGUCGUCACUGGUAUAGCGGGGCCGCUCGAUAUCACGGGCGGCAACGGCACGGCGUGGCUCCUCGAUCCGGGCGGCCGCGGCCGCGACGGCCUGGCGCGGCCGCGGCCCGAGGACCUGGCGGCGGCGUUGCGCGCGAUUCGCGACGAUCCGGCUGAAGCUCUGAGGCGGGCGACUGCCGGGCGCGAGCGGUUGGCUCGCCUGUAUUCGCCGGCCGUCGUGGCGCGACGGUUCGUGGAAGUGCUGGGUUCUGGGUUCUUUCUUCCUCGCGAUGGUGAGCUUUAA